GUUCAUCUAACUUAGUUUUUUUUUUAUAUCUCUCUUCUCCUUAAGUGUUAUCAGGACUAUGAGUGACUGUCUAUCGCAUAUCUUUCAUCGAACAACUGGCAUGCAAAAGGACGAGAAUUCGUCGAUUUCAAAUAGAAAUAUGAAAUCUUUGCCAUAUCCAAAUCCAAAAUCAUUAAUCCCCUCGAAAGAAGAAAUGGUAGAUUCAAGGAUCAAUCGCAACAAGAGAGCAAGAACCGACGCUCCGGUUCAAGACGAUGUUAACGACGAUAUUGACAAUGGCAAUCAUACGAAAUAGAUUAUUCACCAAAGCGUUAGAGAUUGAGAGUCUCGAAGCACGAGUUGAACAAACGAGCAAGGAUUUCAGUGCAGCCAUGUCAAGAUUCUAGCAACUAUCCAAUGACAAUGCAGUUCUGGAGGAAGAGAAUGAAGAUCAAGCCAAGAAAAUUGAGAAAUAUCGAUUCCAGUUGUCAAGCAUCAGGAAAGAAAUGGAGAAAUCAAUAUUUAGGGCGGAAGAGAGGUGUAAACAAUUUUCAGUUUCGAAUGCCGAGAAAGACGUGUUGAUAGCAUGGUAUGAGGAUAAAGUACAGUCUCUCUUAAUAGAUAAAACUUCAUCUAUAACAAGAGCCAAAGAACUUCACCAGCGAGUAGCAGAAGGAUGGGACAACAGGGCAGAAAUAAGAGAACUCACAAAAGCUAACUUGAAGGAACUUGUUGGGAAAUAGGACUUUUGCUCGGAUACCCUAUUUAUUCUUCAUCAGUUUAUUAUUUAUGUUACGUAUGCGAACUUAUUGCUAUCGUCCAUCAGCUAAGGUAAUUUGAUACUAGAAUAAUCAGCGGGUCGAAUAUUCAUGUAGCCUACA